ACCCAGCGGCCGAGUGGGAGCGGUCUUGGGGUGAGCAAUAUGGCGCCCGCCAUGCUGAUGCUGGCGGUUCCGCCGUGGCCCGCAGCCAGGGGACUCCUUCGGAACUGUUGGGAGCAGCUGCAGCGGAAACUUCAGCAGAGCCGGCCAGGCUUUCCCAGCCCUCCGUGGGGACCAGCAUUAGCAGUACAAGGCCCAGCUAUAUUUACAGAACCAACAAAUGAUACCAAUGGAAGUAAGGAGAUCUCCAGUCUUUUGGAGAAUAUCUUUUGGAUGGCAGCUCCCAAAAACAGACGCAGCAUUGAAGUGAACCGGUGUAGGAGAAGAAACCCUCAUAAGCUUAUUAAAGUUAAGAACAAUAUAGACGUUUGUCCUGAAUGUGGUCACCUGAAACAGAAACAUAUCCUCUGUGGCUAUUGCUAUGAGAAGGUGCGCAAGGAGACAGUGGAAAUCAGACGACAGAUAGGGAAGCAAGAGGGGGGCCCUUUCGAGGCUCCUACCGUGGAAACCAUGGUGCUCUACUCUGGGGAGACACCCUCUGAGCAAGAUCAAGGCAAGAGGAUCAUUGAGCGAGAACGGAAGCGGCCAUCCUGGUUCACCCAGAAUUGACACCAAACACGUUUCAAGAGGAUAACUUCACAUGAGACAUUUCUCCUGAAAAAGAGGAAGAUUCUUUGUUUUUUAUGUUGGUUGUGUGCUUGUUUUUAAAUCAUCAACAUAGCUUAAAACAUUAUAAGCAGUUUUUUGCAGGUAAUUUGAAGAAUGUGUCAGGAGUAAAGUCUGAAAAUGUUUGUUUAUGCAGAGGCU